GACUGACUGUGCUUCAAGAGCUUCAAGGAGAAGUGAGAGUGAAGGACAGAGUUGUACAUCAGGCAGUUCAAGCCCUGUCUGCUGUUGUGACAGAAAGAGAAGCUGUUCUCACACAACCUGAGCAGGAAGGCCUCGUCGCUCUGUUGGACUCUGAUGAUGAGUCAAAGGAUGAGGCCUCGGAUGACAAGAUGCAAGACAUGCCGGCAGUGUCUCCUGAACCUCACAUUGACAAGCUGUGGCAUCGCGUUGUAGAGGACCGAAUAGUUGUGGGGGUCAUACUGACGACAGACAGCUCCUUACCAGUGGCCAGCGUGAGCUUAUCCAUCCUGACAGAGGCGGGCCAGGGCUCAAUGCCGGCAGUCAUCCAGACCCAGAGCCAAGUGUUAUGGCUCCCCACACCCUGCCCAUCUUCCUCCUCCUCUGCCUCCACCCCACCGGAGCCGGCAGCCAAAAGAAGCAAGCAGCACAACGCCAACACACCCAAUGAUCUCAACACAUGCAGAAUGGCUGUGACUGCUGUGACCAGGCUGAUUCCUCUGUUGAACUCUGGCUGUGUCAAGUGCCGUGUCAUGCUCCAUUACGUCCAGAGACAAGAUGCUUUUUCUCUCCUGAGCAGCCCAACACCUUUUGUUGUGCACUGCGGUCAAGUUUCUCUAGAUAUCCACAGGGAUUUUCAAACCCCACUGCUCAAAAACCCCAAACUCAAAACAGAUAAAGUCAAAGAGGACUUGCUGAGUUUGUUGACUGUGCUGGAUCGCUGGGUCUUCCACAUAGACUCUCCUGAUCACAGCUUAGGUGAUGUAGACGGCUGGAUUCAGAGAAGGGAGGGUUGUGAGAGGAUAGAAGUGAGCCCUCAGUAUCUACUGAUCAAUUCCUCGGGACCAUCUGCUCUCAUGCUGCUGCGCUGGUGCCAGAUAACACCUUUUCAGGGGGAACUGUCUGUCCACUCCAGCCAGUUACGGAUGCUUCAAUUCCUGGACUCUCUCUUGGCUUUCCUCCCUGCGUCCUGCUCUGUCCAGCCUGUCAAGGGUACCAGAGGACAGGGUGCUGCACAAACAUUCUCUAUGGCGUUGGAAAAAGAGGUGGUGUCGCUCACAGAGUGUGUGUCAUUGCUUCUGCAUGAGAAACAGGAGGAUGAUAAGAGGAGGAGGAGCAGUGGACAUGAUGAGACCCCUCCUGAGCCCGGUUCUGUGGAGGGGCUGCAGAGGUGUAGGGAGGCAUGGCAGCAAGAUGCGGAGCGGAGUAGUACGAGGUUGAGCCCCCUGGUGGAUGUGGGGCAGUAUCGUAAGCUGACCCGAAGCGUUCUCAAAGUCCAGCUCGAUGGGGAUUUGGCCGCUCUCUUAGAAAUACAGAGGACGUUACUCCACUAAUGUGCUGCUGACAGAGCCACUGUUCAUUUUCUGUCUUCACGGAGCAGUUAGUCUUAAUGUUGGAAAAAGCCAAUAAUAGUGAUAUCUAAAAAAAUCAACAGUUCAUAAUGCAUCUCUAGAAACGUCCUGCCCCUCUUUGCUGUCCUGGUUUCUCUCUGAGCUGGACUGCGUCUGAUCUCUCAGACAGCCCCACGGGGGGCUUCAUAUCUUUUGAGUGUCUGUCGCUGAAUAGAGCCCCUGCCUACUUCUAUUGGAUCACCUCCUGGGUUUCACAGCUUUAAUCUGAUACUGAUGCAAUAGUAACUCUGAUCAGCUUAUUACUCUGCCCAGACCUGCUGUGUUCAAAAAUGCUUUUUUGUAUCAGUUUGUUUUGCGACUAUAUGAUUUUCAGUACAGGGAGACAGACCGCUUUCAUCUGUGUUAUGAAUAAAAACAGAUGAAAGAGGUUAUAUAUUUAUCACUGACUGGCUGUAGUCGACUAAAAGCAUUAAAUGGUAUUCCCUCUCAUGGCUCAGUUAUUUUUGAUGAAACGAUGGAAUGGAAAACCGUCUGUGGGUGUUGUUUCUCUCAAUGUUGUUCAAUGUCUUUCAUCCAAGCAAACAUCAAAUCCCACUUUAGAAGGACUGAGUCUUUGCUGGAUCCAUAAAGUCGGUGGCAGCUUGACCAGUAGUGUUUGCUUAAAUGGUUGAGAUUUUUUUUCUUGUCUCUCAGAGGGGCUUGAUAAACGAAUGUGCAUUUA